AUGGCGCCGGUCAUCCUGGAGAUGGACGUGCACUGCCUCCGAUGCGCGCGCAAGAUCCGCAAGGCUGUCCGGAACAUGCACGGGGUGGAGGACGUGCGGGUGUCGGUGGGCACGGGGCUGGUGGUGGUCAAGGGCUCCUCCCUCGACGCGUCGCUGCUCAGGUGGCGGAUCCAGUCCAGGACGGGGAGGCCCGUGGCUGUCGUCAGCGACGGCGGCGCGGCGGAGGAGCCGCCUGCCGGGCAGAUGCUGCACUUGGGCCCGACGCCGCCGCUGGCCGGGUACUCGUACUCGUACCCGUACGGCGGGUACGGCGGCGGCUGGCCGGCGCCCGCGCUCCAGUACGUGCCCGGCGGCAACGUGCUCCCGUACGACGCGAGCCAGUACGGGAUGAUGAUGACGAACGACGCGCCGCCGUGUUACCGCGACGACGGGCCCAGCGGCUGCUGCACCAUGCAGUGA